UCUACAAUUUUCUGGUCCUGUGAGCGAUCUGAUUGAGAGUCAUGAAAAGCAGCUUCUCUUUGUGGCAUGUAUGACUGGAGUCUACUGUGUCGAUUUACAGUCUCUGCUACACAGGGCUCACAACUCUUCAGAUGACACAUCCUCCGGUCCAGCAGAGCUGAAAAUCUCCUCUGAAUUUCUAAUCGUCGGUGCUCAUCAAGUAUCAUCCUUGCUCCUUGUUGGGUCUGUUCUCUUGACCCUUUGCCAGACAGACGCAGCCUGGCUGUUGACUCUGUAUAAAACACCACAGCAAGCACAGCACCGUUAUUAUGAGGUACUCGGUUCCUUCAGUCUGCCACUGGUCUCACCUGCAUUGCAGGGCAGCGCUGAUUCAAAUACAGGACUAACAAAGCGGCCCGUGUUGGUUUGUGUCCAUUCUGGAGAUACAACAACAACACCACCUUCCUCUCUUGCUGCAUCAGAUGCAACUUUAUCUCCUGCCCACUUCCACCUUGAGCCUGUCCUCUUCAAACUUUUGUUUGGGGUUGACGCCGCUCUUGCCAAAUCACCGGUUAUUCUUUGUGGUCUACCUGACGGCCGCCUGUGCUUCCUCCCUCUGCAUGUGCCGGCUUCACGGCUUCGAGUUCUCCAUAGCCUGGAGCAGCCGGUGGUUUUUGUUGGAGCAUCUGUUGCCACGGAAACUAAUCCAGGAUUUGCUCAGUGUUUGCUUGCAGUGGGUAAACGAGGCAGAGUGGUCCUCAUCAAGACUGAGAAGGGCAGGGCAGAGGGAGAGAGCAGUUUCGCUGGAUUUACUGAGGGCUGUGUUGCGGGCCCUGUGGAGUGCAGCAUUGUGGAUAAGAACUGUCUUUACUACAGCACUGGUUCAGACUUGCUCAUAUUAAAUCUGUUGGAUGAAUCACCAGGGAAAGAUGGGGAUGAAAAAGCAACCAGGACAACAGCCGCUGCCCUUCAAAGUCCCACUAGUUUAAAUGUGUGCGGAGUCAUCGCCUUGGCUGAGCCUACAUGUAACGCUGCAGGUGAAGUUCAGCUGCUCGGGUUGUCUGCCAGGGGGCAGCUCUCACAAAUUAAUUUACCUGUUGGGAGACGGGACUCAGGAUCGUUGCAGAUUCCCUCCUCAAAUGUUGGCCGCAGCGUCAGGGACCUUCUGUCUGCCAUCGGGGAUGUUUGUGAAAGAGCAUCUGUGCUGAGAACACUCAUCAAGUCCAAAAACCAAAUCCUGAGGCAGCUAAAUCAGGUGGUCAACAUCAGUUUCCUGUUGAAAGCCACUACAAAUGCUGCAGAGCAUCUUCCAACGAAGGACCAGCCGAUCAGAUGUCAUGCCACAGCAAGUUGGAGCAGAUUGCUUCAAAAGAACUCCUUAAAUCUUGCAUGUGUCCUUGAUAAUUCAAGUCCUUACAUCCUGGAACGAGGCUGGACACUCAGCAUCACCGUCUCUCCUCUGAGCUGUUCAUCCAGCGCAAGAGAGGAAACCUCCUCCACAAAUUUUUCCUUCCCGUUCCAUAAUCUCCAUCCAGGAGACACAACAGAAGUAACAGUGCCCAUUGCAGCUGCAGGUGAUGCAUCCUUCCCCAUGACUGUGACCUGCUCACUCAUCUUCUCACUCUCUAGUCUCUUGGGAGAAGAGGAAGUAGCGAACAUCUCCGACUUUCAGAGUCGUUGUUUCAGUUUUCCUUUAAACGCACUGACAGUGGACUGGUUGCACACCCUCCAAGCGAUCUCUCCCAGAGCCAGCCAUAACACGCCCACGUCCCCACCCGCCGUCAUGGAGAUGGAUGCCGUCCGAGCUUUUUUGAGCUCACGCCUUAUCAACUGUGGUGGUGGAAUGGACAGGAGAGGAGAGAGCGCCUCAAAGCCUGAAAAGUAUUCUGCAAGUGUUCGCGUGUCAUCACAGUUACUGAGGGAUACGUUGAGGUUAAACAGUGAGUCGGCUCCUCGAGACCUCUCCUGCUCUCUGCUUAACUGGCUGCUUUCUGAAGAUCACGGAGGAGUGAAGAUGAGAUGCAAGGCUGAAACUAUUGACAGCUCAGUGGUCCAUGCGCUUGCUGCGAAUGAAGUCAGAGUUAAACUAACUGCCAAAGAGAUGAAUGUAGAGUCGGAGCACUUGAAGAAAGCGGAAUCCCUGGUCAGCAUAGACGUUCAGAUGGAGAGCUCAUCCAUCGCAGCGGUGUGUGGCCUCCAUCAUGCUGUACUCUGCCGGAUACAGAAGCUGCUGCUGAGGGCUCCAGAGAAAGCUGCCUCCACCAAGAGGGUCUGCAGUCUAAGUCUGAGAUCAGCGCUGCAGCGGGCCGAGCUCCAGCAAAGUCAGAUCUCAGAGGCCUUCAGCUUGGGCAUGUCCUCAGGGCAGAUGAAGCGAUGUCUUCUAAGCAUUUACAGAGAACUCAGAGAGAGUCCACUCCUCAUACUUUAACACCCACACAACUGACCCCAGCUGCAUCGGUGUUCUGCAUCCUGCUGCAAGAACAAUAAUGUCCAUUCCUGAUGCAUAAUCGUUACUUAAAAUAAACUUUUGU